AUGGGCCGCCAAUACGCAGACGACAAUGCGAUCCCUCACGGCUGGCGGACGAAACUGCCGGGCUUUGGCAUCUGGAUCAUUGUUGUUAUCUUUCGAAGCUUUCUAGAGGCACUCUUCUACAGUAUCUACUACAUCCCAAAGUCAUUGCGCCAGAGCCAAGGGUGGACCUAUCGUCAGGCGUGCAUGACGCGGCUUUUUGAGAGAACCUUCCACAUCAUCACCGAGCUCGGUUUCACGCAGCCUUUGAGCUUGGAGGCUGGCAAGCUUGGCGAUCAAUGGGUGACAAUCAACCCAGCACCAUCCUCUGCAUAUAGCGGUGACUUUGCAAGUGCUACUAUCAAGCCAGAGACGGUUGGCGGCACUUGGUAUCCGGAGCUACCAUCGAAGCAAUCGCUACUGGAAGAACAAGGCCUCGUAGUUUUGUCCUUCCAUUCUGGAUCGCUCCUGUGGCUGACUGGACGUCCAGAGGACUCUGGGCCCACGGCAACACUACUGAAUGAGAAGCUGGGCAGCAAUACUUAUUCGUUUUGGCUACAAUACCGUCUCGCUGGCGGUGAUAACCCAACACCGUAUCCCGGGGCCAUGCAAGACGCAGUGACAGCCUAUAUUUAUCUUAUUAAAGAAAUGGGAAUAUCUCCAUCGCGCAUCGUUCUCGCAGGCGACUCCACGGGCUCAACCAUCGCAGUCGCACUUUUGCGCUAUCUUGUCUCCAUCAAGGGGGUACCAGGCCAUGACCUCGCCGAACUUCCACCUCCAAAGGCAUGCCUGCUGUUUUCACCCUCGGUCGAGUAUAGCUUCGAAGGUGAUCCUGAGGCGGUCAGCGCAAGUAGGAAUAUCAAGACCGACUAUGUUGAGCCGGUUAUGAUGGCAUGGGGUGCAAGGGCUAUUGCACCACCAGACAUCGUGCGACUGGAUGAUCCGUAUAUCUCUCCCGCACUGCAUCCGUUCCACACCCCCGUUCCAAUUUUCGUUCAAGCCGGGGGCGCCGAGGUGCUUUGUGAUAGUGUUCGGGGGUUUGCCAACGCGAUGAGCUCUGUCCCGGGUAAUCGGGUCGAAUAUUUCGAGGUUUCAGGUGUGCCGCAUGAUGUUUAUGUUGCGGGGACUAUCCUCGGAUGGCCCAAGGAGCAAGAAGAGAUCCAUGAGGCUGCUGCGAGCGCUGUCACCCCCGGCCCUGGGGGCACAACAAUGCUCGGCGAGGGAGGAGGCAUUGAAGCAGCAGCUCGACGAGGCCGUGAGCGCAAGAAACGAAAAAGAGAAGCGCAAGAAAAUCAGGUCAUUGACCACUCAAUAUCCGGAAACACCCUUACUGCAGACCCCAACAAGGCGGAAGGCGACCGAAAAGAGCAAGAAAACAACGUGGAUUCUAAAACGAUGACGAGAAGCACCGACGACAAAACUCUCCCGGUUGACAAGAGUUCAUCUCAAGACAAAAGCCCAAGGCAAGGUGCUAGAGAAGGGCGAUGGGCACGGUUCAAAAAAUAUUUUGAAUGA